GGAAGAAAAAAAGAAAAGGACACGUCACGUCCAUGUGGCAUUGUUACAUCAGCGCCAUGUAGGAUCCUACAGGGGAUGUGUCAAUUUGGGACUUAGAUGAUACACUUUGACAUGUUCUGGGACCUGAAUAUGCAUUUUGAGAGUUUAGGAAUCUAUAUGACACAACCCUACAAGUUUAAGGACCGCCAAUGCAUUUUACUCUUUCAUUAAAGAUCAUAGCAAAACCGUCAGUGAUAUAUCAAGAAGGUGACUCAUUUUAGGGUGAAACGAGGCCAAACAUAAUAUUUAUUCAAGGGAAACCGAACUAAAACCAUGGACACAACCAACUCAUUAACAAGCUAAUCCAAGCAUGAAAACAUGGGUAGCAAUGUUAAAGGGCAAUAAUACUCUUGCAUACAGACACCAACGAACUAUCAUCAUCAUCUCAACAUCGUACCCAUGAUCAGACAACUCUGACUUCACUAAGAAGAACUAGGAAACAAAGCAUGCCAUGGAACCCAACCCACAUUCCCAACUCCAGUGGACCUAUGCCAUCGUUGCAACAUGUCACGCUCCGGCGAUGCCACAACUCUGACUACAUGACCACCAACUUCAUUAUGAUAGGGUUGAGGCAGGACAAAAGAAGCCCAACAAACCAUGAAAGCCAAUCCCGUGUUCCAUCAGAUGGGGGAGAGGUUUCAUCGUUGCUCCCAAUAUAAUUGACAUUGCUAGCAACUUGACAAACACCCAAGUAUGAUGUAUGUGGUUAGGAUCACCAAAGAAAUGCCUCUAAGGAAGAGUUGUCGACAAUAUUGACAUCACAACUCGAUUUGAUAAACUAUAUCUAGGAUUUCAACUAGAGGGCCUUUGAUAGUGGAGGAGAUAGGACACCCACGAAAACGCCUUCAAGAUGGAGAAUGAUGCUUUUUCACACCAAUCCUUCACAACUCCAUGUUGGAAAAGGCAUGAAAUAAUUGCAAAAAACCUCCAAUAGAUCUGCUAGGAUGCCACAAAGCUCCCCUCGAACUUGAUUUGGAGACAGAUUUGACAUGGAGAUGAGUUGCCACUACUGUUAGGGUCUAAGCAGCGUUGGCAUUUGCUUCUUUGGAUGCAACCUCCACGCAAGCCUCUACCAACACCACCUCCUCCGCGCUACAAUGGAUGACUACUGCUCCUCCUCUAACACACCUAGCAUUUCCCUAGCUCACUCAGGCCAUGUGGCAACCGAAGCAAGCUCCAACUCCAACAGGUGACCUCAGGUCCACCAUGGGCACCAUGUUGCUUGGUCAAAGCCGCAUUAGGUCACACGUGCAGAUGGCCACAACUCCACUUCCUAGCUGUUGCUCUACACAACUAUCUGAUCAUUUGCCGACGUGCAUUUGUGUGCCACAACACCGCGUGGGAUGCCACUCGCACGUUACACCCAACAUGUGGAGUUAGCUAAGAACGGCUGCAAACAAGGGCAAGGGUGAUCCCACCACCACCUUGCUAUGGAGUCAACCUAGGAAAUCUAGCUCUGUUGGGAAAAGGCUAGAUAUGAAAGAAAUGGAAAGGGCAUAUCAGGAGAAUGGGGAAAGCAAAACCAAGGGGGAGAAGGAAUAGGGGAGGUGAUCCUAAGGCUACCGAUGGCAGUUGUGAUGGGUUGGCGAUGAGGGCAAGAGGGACGUGAGCAAAUCACCUCCCAGGUCACCAAAGGAGACAAUGUAGCAGUAACGGGGGCUCAGUUGUCCAACCGCUAUCCUCCCUGUUGCCUAUGGUUGCGUGUACAAUAUACUAAAAUUUGCACUCAUCUAUGCAAUAGUAGUUGCAUCUAUAUUAUAACUAUGACCACAAAUCAUUGUUAUCAAACCAACAUACCAUUCAUGCUCUUCCAUACCAAGUUACCAACCAUGACAUACUGUUUUCUUUAUAGAAAAAUUAAUUUCAUCCAAGACAUAUUUACAUACCUUUAUACCACUGAUAAUUUAUUUUGGAUUAUCACCUGAACUAGUUCUCUGUUCAUUAGAAUACCAUGGCAGCUAGUUUCCAUAUUUUUUUUCUCGUUACCUCACUCAACUUUGCUCUCGCAUAUUCUCCUUUUUUUCGCUCCCUUCCAUUUGUCCCUUUGAUCCUCUCAUCCCUUGUUGAGGAGCGCACCACCAAGUACCACGAAGAGGGGGAGGAGACCGAGGAACCAAGCUUGCCAACAACCUUAUGUGCCGCACCUCCACAACACUGUAUGGAUCCUCCAAUGUCCAUGCUGCCCCUCCGUAGUACUGCUCGGCUCCUCUGCUCAUCCCUACUCAUCCACAUCGUCUGAUAGGCUACUCUUCUGCCCAAUCCAUCCCUCGUGUCCUAUUUCCAACACUGGAAUACCUCUGCACACCGCCGUGUUCCACAUGCUCGACUCAAUGCCUAACCGGACACCUCUGCACAGUUGAUUUCAACUGCCUUGUUCACGCCAUACCUGUUGUGGCAUGGUCAACAUUCAGUGAAGGCAAUUAAGGAGCUGAGGAAGAUAUGGACCAAUUAAUGGCCAGUGGAGAGGGUUGAUAGAGUUGAGCUGGACAACAAAGGGUGCUCACCUCGCAAACCAGCUGAUGAUCGAGAUCCAAGAUCCGACGUUGAGAUGGAAUGUGGAUGACUCUCCUUCUUGGACCUCCAUCAUCAGGAAAAAGCACACUUAUGCGAGCGCUCACUGGGAAACUUGAUAAAAACCUCAAGGUAUUUGGUAAUAUCACCUAUUGUGGACAUAAAUUUUCCGAGUUCUAUCCAGAGCGGACAAGUGCCUAUGUUAGUCAAUAUGAUCUCCAUAAUGCAGAGAUGACCGUAAGAGAGACAUUAGAUUUCUCUAGGUGGUGCUUAGGUAUUGGGUCAAGAUACGACAUGCUCACGGAAAUCUCUAGAAGGGAACGCAAUGCAGGCAUUAAGCCAGACCCUGAGAUCGAUGCUUUCAUGAAAGCUACUGCAAUGCAAGGACAAGAGACUAAUAUCAUAACAGAUCUUAUUCUCAAGGUGCUUGGGCUGGACAUUUGCGCUGAUACUAUUGUUGGUGAUGAGAUGAUUAGAGGAAUUUCUGGUGGACAAAUGAAGCGUGUGACAACAGGGGAAAUGUUAACAGGACCGGCAAGGGCUUUGCUCAUGGAUGAGAUAUCCACUGGCUUGGAUAGCUCUAGCACAUUUCAUAUUGUAAAAUUUAUUAGGCAUUUGGUCCAUAUAAUGAAUGAAACUGUGAUGAUCUCUCUCCUCCAACCACCGCCAGAGACAUAUAAUCUCUUUGACGACAUAGUUCUACUAUCAGAAGGAUACAUAGUCUAUCAUGGGCCACGCGAGAAUAUAUUGGAAUUUUUUGAAGCUUCUGGCUUUCGAUGCCCUCAAAGGAAAGCAGUGGCUGACUUCCUUCAAGAGGUCACUUCCAAGAAAGACCAGCAACAAUAUUGGUUCCUUGACAAGGAGCCUUAUUGUUAUGUGUCAGUCCCAGAGUUUGCAGAACGUUUCAAGUCAUUUUAUAUUGGCCAACAAAUGAUGAAGGAGCAACAUAUUCCAUUUGAAAAAUCAAAAAUCCAUCCUGCUGCACUGACAACAAUGAAAAAUGCAUUAUCCAACUGGGAGUCAUUGAAGGCUGUGCUUUGUAGAGAGAAGUUGUUGAUGAAACGCAACUCUUUUCUUUACAUAUUCAAGGUCACCCAAUUGAUCAUUCUUGCUUUCUUGUCUAUGACCGUGUUUCUUAGAACAAAGAUGCCCCAUGGGCAAUUUUCUGAUGGCACUAAAUUUCUUGGGGCAUUGACAUUCAAUUUAAUAACAGUCAUGUUCAAUGGCCUUUCUGAGCUAAACUUGACAGUAAAGAAGCUUCCUGUGUUCUACAAGCAUAGAGAUUUUUUAUUCUUCCCUCCAUGGACCUUUGGGGUUGCAAAUAUACUAAUAAAGGUUCCUGUAUCUCUUGUGGAGGCUACGGUCUGGGUUGUCAUCACGUACUAUGUGAUGGGAUUUGCACCAGCAGCAGGAAGGUUCUUUCGUCAGUUUCUAGCUUUCUUCGUUACUCACCUAAUGGCAAUGGCUCUGUUUCGAUUUCUUGGUGCUAUCUUGCAAACAAUGGUUAUAGCAAUUAGUUUUGGGAUGCUUGUGUUGCUUAUUGUCUUCGUCUUUGGAGGAUUUGUGAUACGUAAAAAUGACAUUAGACCAUGGUGGAUCUGGUGUUAUUGGGCAUCUCCUAUGAUGUAUAGCCAAAAUGCAAUAUCGAUCAACGAAUUUCUGGCCAGUAGGUGGGCCAUUCCAAACAAUGACACAACCAUUGAUGCAAAAACGGUAGGUGAGGCUAUUCUAAAGUCAAAAGGCUUGUUCACUGGAGAGUGGGGAUUUUGGCUAUCCAUUGGAGCCCUAGUAGGAUUCAUUAUUUUGUUCAACACCUUAUACAUCUUGGCACUUACAUACUUAAGUCCUAUUAGAAGUGCAAACGCACUAGUUAUUGAUGAACACAAUGAAACUGAGUUGUACACGGAAACAAGAAAUGAAGAGCAUAGGUCCCGAACAUCCACCACAACAUCAUCGAUACCUACGACAGGUGCUAACGGAGAAGGAAAUAGGCCAACUCAGUCACAAUUUGUCUUACCUUUCCAACCAUUGUCACUUUGUUUCAACCAUCUAAAUUAUUAUGUGGACAUGCCCUCAGAAAUGAAGCAACAAGGACUCAUGGAAAGUCGUCUCCAACUGCUCUCUGAUAUUAGUGGUGCUUUUAGGCCAGGUCUUCUAACUGCAUUAGUUGGUGUCAGUGGAGCUGGAAAGACCACUUUGAUGGAUGUCUUAGCAGGAAGGAAAACUAGUGGAACAAUUGAAGGAAGCAUAACCCUUUCUGGUUACUCCAAGAAACAAGAAACGUUUGCUCGCAUUAGCGGCUACUGUGAACAAGCUGAUAUCCAUUCACCAAAUGUUACUGUAUAUGAAUCCAUUCUCUACUCUGCUUGGUUGCGCCUUCCCUCAGAUGUUGAUAGCAAUACAAGAAAGAUGUUUGUGGAGGAGGUCAUGGCCCUUGUAGAGCUUGAUGUAUUGUGCAAUGCUAUGGUUGGUCUCCCUGGAGUUAGCGGUUUAUCGACUGAACAAAGAAAGCGAUUAACAAUUGCUGUGGAGCUGGUAGCAAAUCCUUCAAUCAUCUUUAUGGAUGAGCCUACUUCUGGUCUUGAUGCUAGAGCUGCAGCAAUUGUCAUGCGAACUGUGAGAAAUACUGUCAACACUGGGCGUACUGUGGUCUGCACGAUCCAUCAGCCAAGCAUUGAUAUUUUUGAGUCUUUUGAUGAGCUUUUGCUUUUGAAAAGAGGAGGUCGGGUUAUUUAUGCUGGUGAACUUGGUGACCACUCACAUAAACUAGUUGAAUAUUUUGAGACAAUUUUAGGUGUUCCAAGUAUUACAGAAGGAUAUAAUCCUGCAACAUGGAUGCUAGAAGUUAGCUCCACUCUAGAAGAAGCUCGCAUGAACGUAGAUUUUGCUGAAAUUUAUGCCAAUUCCCUGCUUUAUAGGAAAAACCAAGAACUUAUUGAGGAGUUGAGCAUUCCCCCACCAGGCUAUCGAGAUCUCUUAUUUGCUACAAAAUAUUCUCAAAGUUUCUAUAUCCAAUGUGUUGCGAACUUAUGGAAGCAAUAUAAGUCUUAUUGGAAGAAUCCAUCUUACAAUAGCUUGCGUUAUCUAACAACGUUUCUCUAUGGCCUUUUCUUUGGCACAGUAUUUUGGCAAAAAGGAACAAAGUUAGACUCACAGCAAGAUUUGUACAAUUUACUCGGAGCCACUUAUGCUGCAAUCUUCUUCAUUGGGGCUACUAACUGCAUGUCAGUUCAGCCUGUUGUAUCAAUUGAGAGAGCAGUUUACUAUCGUGAAAGCGCAGCAGGAAUGUACUCUCCAUUGUCCUAUGCAUUUGCUCAGGCAAGCGUGGAGUUCAUUUACAAUAUCAUACAAGGGAUUUUGUACACGGUCAUCAUCUAUGCAAUGAUCGGAUACGAUUGGAAAGCUAGCAAAUUCUUUUAUUUUCUAUUCUUCAUUGUUUCAAGCUUCAACUACUUCACAUUUUUCGGAAUGAUGUUGGUGGCAUGCACCCCAUCUGCACUGCUUGCGAACAUUCUCAUAACCUUUGCACUCCCUCUUUGGAACUUGUUUGCUGGGUUCCUUAUUUUUAGGAAGGCAAUACCAAUUUGGUGGAGGUGGUACUAUUGGGCAAACCCAGUAUCCUGGACAAUAUAUGGUGUCAUUGCAUCACAGUUUGGAGGGAACGGUGGAUCGAUUUCAGUUCCUGGUGGGAGCCAUGUAGCAAUGAGCCAAAUUUUGGAAGAUAAUGUUGGCGUCCGACAUGACUUCCUAGGAUAUGUUAUACUUGCCCAUUUUGGCUUUAUGGCCGCCUUUGUUCUCAUCUUUGGCUAUUCCAUAAAAUUUCUCAACUUUCAGAAACGUUAGAAAGCAAUGGCAUAGCACAGACAGAUAUGGUCUUUUUUCCAUCAAAGCCUCCUAGAGCUACGGAUGUACUAUAUGCUACCAAUGGGAUGUACAAGUUGCUUCACAAACAUUUAAUAUAGUAAGCAUACCAUCAUUACAUUGUUGCAGAUUUUGA